AUGGCGCCGGCGUCGCGCUCCCGCAGCCCGCCGGCUGCCGGCCCCCAGCGCCGCGGCCGCCGCUCCCGCUCCCGCGAACGCAACGGCCUCAAGCGGCCGAGCCACCGGCGCAGCCGCAGCCGGUCCCGCGAGCGCACCCCCGGCGGGCCGCGCUCCGCCGCGCACCACGGCCACCACCACGGCAAGGCCUGGCCCGAGUACUACGAGAAGGAGAAGGAGGAGAUCCUGCGGCAGAGGAGACUUAACGAGAGGGAGAGGAUUGGAGAACUGGGGGCACCUGAAGUCUGGGGACUGUCGCCAAAGGUUCCCGAUCCCGAUUCUGAUGAGCAUACACCGGUAGAAGACGAAGAGGCAAAAUCCAAGAGUAGUUCUUCAGAUUCCAGCUCAGAAGAGGAGAAAAAGAAAAAGAAGAAAAGGAAGAAGAAAAAGCGAAAGGCAUCGAAAAGAAAGCGCAGAAAACAUUCUGAGGACAGUGACAGCGAGUCAGAUUCUGAGCAGAGCUCCAGUGAUGAAGAUAGAAAGAAAAGCAAGAAGAAGAAAAAGAAGACCAGGAAGAAGAAGUAUAAGAAGAAGAAAACUAAGAAGAGCAGGAAGGAAUCCAGUGAUUCAAGCAGUGAAGAUUCUGAUGAUGAAAGAUUUCAAGGGGAAGAUCUCUGGAUCGAGAGAUCAAAAAAUACAGAAGCUGAUAGCUUGAUUGGACCAGAAGCUCCCAAAACACAUGCAUCUCAGGAUGACAGGCCUCUGAACUAUGGACACGCUCUCCUGCCCGGCGAAGGUGCAGCCAUGGCAGAGUACGUCAAAGCAGGAAAACGCAUCCCCCGGAGAGGUGAAAUCGGGUUGACCAGCGAAGAGAUCGCGUCGUUUGAGAGCUCUGGUUAUGUCAUGAGUGGCAGCAGGCACCGCCGGAUGGAAGCCGUGCGGCUGCGCAAGGAGAACCAGAUCUACAGCGCGGAUGAAAAGCGAGCUCUGGCCUCCUUCAACCAGGAGGAGAGGAGGAAGAGAGAGAACAAGAUCCUUGCAAGCUUUCGGGAGAUGGUCUACAGAAAGACUAAGGGCAAAGAGGAAAAAUAAUGUGGUGUUUGAACUGUACAGCACAGACUGUGGCAAGCAGCAGCUGACCUGGCCCAGUCGUGAUUUGGAGAACGCUGCAAGUG